AUGGCAACCAUCUCGGACGUGCAGAUCGAGGUCAUCUCGCAACCCGAAGACUUCACCCAAGUCGCCGAGGUCGUCAGUAACGCCUUCGGUCACCAGGUCCACGAUGGCGUCUUCAUAUCCAUGAACCCCGGCUGGGACACCCCCGAAGGCCAGGCCAAGCAAGCCUCGUCCAUGGCCAAGCGGCACGGCUCCGUGACCAAGAACAACAAGGGCGAGCCGAAUACCAUCUUCCUCAAGGCCACCCUCCCGAGCCCCGAUCAAUCCGGUCAGCGUGUGACCGUAGGCAUGGCAAUCUGGGUGCAACUGUCUGCCGUUGAUGGCCACGGCGACCCGCUCCCGAAGGACCUGAUCAAGGAGCUCAACCUCGAGGCCGUCUUCCCUGGUAACGAGGCCGAGCAGCGCUAUGCCGCGGCGUGCAUGGCGUCUCUGCACAAACGCCGGGAGGAGGUCAUCCGCGAGAAGACGACCUCGGACAAGCCGGCGGCCUACGUGCUGGAGAUGUGUGCCGUGGAUCCCAAGUUCCAAGGAAAGGGAAUCGCCAAGAAGCUGGUGCAGUGGGGUCUCGAGGAGGCCAAGCGACGCGGGGAGCUGGAAGUACUACUUGAGGCGUCAACCAUGGGUAGACACGUGUACUCGAAGCUGGGCUUCAAGCAGGACGGCCCAGAAAUCGAGUACGAGGUCGAUGAACAGUUUGCGCACCGCGACAGGCCGUCGAAUAUCUUCAUGCGUACGGGCGAGGUGCAGUAA